AUGACAGGAAACUCCAGCGAGGCCGCGGUGCACGAUGUAUGUUGGUCAUGCGACUGGGAACCGCAGGACCCGAAUCAGCUUUUCGAAAAGCCGCCUCCUCGAUACCUGUACGCCACCUCGGCAACCUCCGUUCCCUGGAUUUCUCCCUGGCUUACACUGGACGCCAGUUUUGCGACAGAGAAGCCGGUACGCAGGAUGAGAGGAGGAACACACAAACGUGCGGAAAAGUUUGGUCGGUACCCUCCCCGGAGCAAAGGUCUUUCCAAUGACGCUUUAAUCCGGAACAAGGACCAAUUCGUCAUAAACCAUUGCAGCAGGUGCACUUUCAGGUUUCCCAGCACAAACAUCAAGAUCACGUUCACAGCGCUGUCCAGCGGGAAGAAGGUGAAGCGUGAAGCUCCAGAGUCUCCGGUGAAGCCCGUACAGCCCAUGAUCUCCCCGCUGACCAUCAACAUUCCAGACAACAUCGCUCACCUCAUGAGCCCCCUGCCAUCGCCCACUGGCACCAUUAGUGCUGCUAAUUCAUGCCCCUCAAGCCCGCGGGGCGCAGGCUCCUCCAGCUACAGGAUGGGGGGCCGCAUGGUCAGCUCUGCAGAGCUGCAGCUCAUGAAUGACAACUCCCAGCCCGACAACGACAAAGACGCCUCUGGAGGGGACAGUCCCAAGGAUGACUCCAAACCUCCGUACUCCUAUGCACAGCUGAUAGUCCAGGCCAUCACACUGGCUCCAGACAAGCAGCUCACACUAAACGGAAUCUACAAUCACAUCACAAAGAACUACCCCUACUACAGGACUGCAGACAAGGGCUGGCAGAACUCUAUUCGACACAACCUGUCAUUGAACCGUUAUUUCAUCAAAGUGGCGCGGUCGCAGGAGGAGCCGGGCAAAGGCUCCUUCUGGAGGAUAGACCCGUCCUCAGAGGGCAAGCUCAUCGAGCAGGCCUUCAGGAAACGAAGGCCCCGGGGUGUGCCCUGCUUCAGGACCCCACACGGACCCCUCUCCUCCAGGAGUGCCCCAGUGUCUCCCAAUCACUCGGGCGUCCUCUCCGCUCACUCCAGCGGCGUCCAGACUCCUGAUAGCCUCUCACGAGAGGGCUCUCCCGUCCCCCUGGAGAUGGAGACCACCUCGGCCCCUGCCCCGACCACCCCCACGGUGGUCCAGCCCAAACUGGCAGUCAUCCAGGAAGCACGCUUUGCACAAAACACACCAGGCACGCCUGUUAACAACCAGCCGGUACUCAUAGCAGUCCAGCGCCAGUUACCUCAGAGCAUCAAGCCAGUGACCUACACCAUGGCCUCCCCGGUGAGCACCAGCAGCUCGCAGCCGGCCAUGCAGACGGUGCAUGUCCUGCAGCAGAUCCCCGCCGGCUGCAUCAGCUCCGCCGUACUCGCCCAGCCAGCCACCAUCAUCAAGGGCGAGCUGCAGGAGAACGGAGACCACACAGGGCUCAAAGGUGAGGCAGGGGCAUGCUGGGUAAUGUUGUUAUCCACCACCAUUUUGUAAAUUGGCACACAUCUGGAGUUCAUCUCAAUUAUUUUGCCUCCUCCUUUCCCUCACUCGCGUCCCUUCCUUGCGUCUUAGCUCUGCCUCCGCAAGACAUGAGGAAGAGACGCGAGGACAAAGGAGUCCUCAGGUAUUAAUUGGGAUGUCCUCGUUCAUUCCAGCGUCACCAUAAACAACGCCCUUUACUUCUGGUGCGCGCGGUUUUA